UUUGCAAUCGUUUACCGGCACGGCCCGAUCCUCUCCUUCUCAUUCCUUGAUCCUGGCCCUCUUGGACUCUUGAUCACGAUGGGGCCGUGGAACCUUGCAACGGGUUUCUUCUCGAGCAUAGGAGCUGGUGCCCUCUGGAGGUCUAGCCGAGACCUCAAGAUCCUGAUCUUGCUCCGCUUUGUGAGGCUGCUCGGCUAUGGAGGCACAACCUUUGUGCUCGCGUUGUACCUCAACGCCUUGGGCUUUGAGGACACGCAGAUUGGGCUGUUUAUGACUCUCACGCUUGUGGGUGAUCUCGCCAUCAGUUUUGUGCUCACGUAUAUUGGCGAUCGCAUGGGCGUGAGAGUCACUGCCGCCAUUGGCGCAAUGUUGAUGUGUGCCGGCGGAGGAGCUUUUGUCUUUUUGGACAACUUCUGGCUGUUACUCCUGGCCAGUAUUGUUGCAGUUAUCAAUCCAAGUGCAAACGAGAUUGACCCCUUCAAAGCCGUUGAAGAGUCCGCCAUCGCCCGCCUCAGCACACCAGAAACAUGCAACGACAUGUUUGCCUGGUGGUCCAUGCUAGGCAUGUUUGGCACCGCCGCCAGCAACCUCCUCACCGGCUGGGUUAUCGACGCCCUGGAAGUCUCGGGCGUGGAAAAGAUUGACUGCCACCGCAUCAUAUUUCUUGGAUACGCUGGCAUCGGCCUCGUCAAGUUGUUUUGCUCUCUGCUGCUUAGCUCCGAGGUUGAGCACGUAGCGAUCGAGAAAGAGAGCUGUUCAUCCCCGGCCUCAAGUCAGUAUGAGGGCGACGACGAGGAGCAGAGUGAAAGGGAACCUCUUCUCGGCGAAAAUACCCCUGAUUAUGGCGCUGCUAGCUCCAGGACCGUAUAUCCUGGUAGCACGGCUUCUCAGGAGAAGCGCAUGUUUACGCCUUCAUCCUUUAGCUUCAUCUGGAAACUCUCAGUCGCCAUGGCGUUUGACUUUGUCGGUUCGGGCCUCGCGCAGAUCUCUUGGAUGACUUACUUCUUCAAACGAGAGUAUGAUAUACCCGAGGGAGCCCUGGGCUCUGCGACCUUCACUGCCGGCAUCAUCUCAUCGGUGCUCAACCUGGCUUCAUCACCGCUUUCCAGAGCCAUCGGACAAGUACAGACGAUGGUGCUCUGCCACACUAUCAACUCCAUUUCGUUACUCAUGGUUUCCGUCCCCGGGAACAAGUACGUUGCCCUGGUCAUUUUCAUUUUCCGCAUUGUCACGCGGGAGAUCGAUAAUGCUCCUCGACAAUCCUUUAUAUCAGCUGGGGUUCUCGAUCACGAGCGUACGUCAGCUAUGGGCGUCAUCAACAUCGUCAAGACGGUCGGUAGCUGUUUAGGUCUAUACGUGACGGGCUUGUUUGCGGGCCUGGACCAGUUCUGGUUGGCUUUUAUCGUGGCUGGUGCUCUCAAACUUGUGUAUAAUGUCUUGAUACUAGUGUUUUUCUGGGGGAGACGGUAA